UGUGGCUCUAUUAUGUCUAUUUCCUGUUUCAUCUAUGUUCUCUUAAAAGAAAUAAAUGAUUCAGUCUCAUUUCCAUUGCUUUUGAUGGCACAGCUCUAAGGACACAUUUGUGGCGACAAUUUUUUAUCACAAGUUAACCCCCCCCAUAUGCUAUAAUGAACCAAAAUAUCCAAGUUCCGGCUCCCUACCUCAUUAGAGGAUAUUAACUAGAUGAUCAAUAAUAUCAUUUAAUUUCAUAUGUUCAGGAUGCAUUCUCUAAAAGUUUGAAUGUCUUUAAGGAUAUUUAUAAAGAUUAUUAUCUUAUCAGUUCGCUUUGAUUUAUUUAAUUGCAGUUCGAUUGCCAUUUCAAGUUCACCAUGGUUGGCAAAUUAAAAAAUCAAUGUUAUACGGGGAUACAAUAUAUAGGGGAGGUUGAAGUAGAUAAAUCCUUUGUUGCUGCUACUAAAUGUCAAUUGAGCUAUUUUAAGGAACUUUAUUAUCAAUGUUCACGACACCAGAGCCUUUUGACUGUGGAAUCUAUUGUUCAACAUCCCGCUGAUGGGACUGACUUACUUGUAUGUGAAGUGGUCCAAACUUUAAAUGAUUAUUUUGAGGAGCAGAAACUUGAUGGGGCAGAAGUGACUGAAACUCAGUGGUGGGAACAUAUCUCUGAGAAAUUUCGAAGAAUUUUUAGAGAUGUGAUUCAAGGGAUGAUGUUCUUAUACUCAGCAACUGAUUAUGAUUGUGGGGACUUGUCAUUCAAUGUGUUUGUUACAAAAAGUGGCAGAGGGAAGAUUUUGCCAAGCAUGGUUAAGAGAACUGGAACGAAACAAACUGUAGAUCAUAUCAAAAUACUCAAAGAUUUAAUGAAGACAGUCAUUGCUUUUCCAUUCAGUGGCAUUACAGAAAGUUUGGAGCUCCCACUUGAACUACGAAGGUUUUUGGAUUUUGAACAUUCGAGAUGGUAAGUUUAGCACACUAACUUUAAAUCUAUAGUUGCAUGACUAUCAAAUUUUGUACUUGCGUUACUCAUAGUUUAUGUUUCUUGUUUUUUAGUUUCAGUCCGGCUUGGUUUGUGAUUAAUUGUCCCUUUUUCUGGACCGUGGAAGAACGGAUCCAAUUUGCGCAUGAGCUAAAGAUGUUGAUCAAGCUUAAUCUGAAGUUUAGAUAUACGAUUGAAGCAUGUCUUGAGGAUGCAAAUUUGUUUUCUAAUUGGAAUGAUGUUGUUGUUGAUGGCAUUUAUAAGAAGAUACUGGACUAUCAUGGACCAACAACCUCAAAUGCUGAAGAUGAUGAUGCAGAUGAAUCAGCAGCACAUGCAAAAUCCAAAGGUAUGACAUUACUAACUUUCUGCAAUAAAAUUCUGAACACACCUCAUGUUACAAAGUUUUGCGUUAAUAACAAACUGCUGCAUAGGAUCUAUAGGUUUAUUUUAAUCUUCAUUCCCAGGGGUCCUUAAUUUCUUUCUAAGUAACAUGCUUAUGAGAUUCUAAGAUAUUAGUACUAUAUGCAUAUACUUUCAUCAAUAUUUAAAAAAAUAAAUAUUAUAUACCAAAAGAUCAUUUAUAUAUCAUCUACUAGAAACAUACAAAAGGCUGUGCAUAUUAGCCUAUACAACUACUGCCACAUAUUGGUUCAUACAAAAGUACCACUUGCCCAGAAUAUAUAUACAUAAUAAAGUUUAAUAAAGUAACCUGCUUUUUUAUAAGAAAACACAUAUUUAUUCUAUUGAGUUAUUGCAGUAAGCAACUUUGGUUAUCGCACUAGAGUCGACAUUUGUC